GCUCCUCCUCCAAGCCGGCAUCGACAUUAACCGCCAGACCAAGUCCGGCACGGCCCUGCACGAGGCUGCGCUCUGCGGGAAGACAGAGGUGGUGCGGCUGCUGCUGGAUAGCGGGAUCAAUGCCCACGUGAGGAACACCUACAGCCAGACAGCCCUGGACAUCGUGCACCAGUUCACCACGUCCCAGGCCAGCAGGGAGAUCAAGCAGCUGUUGCGAGAGGCCUCAGCGGCCCUGCAGGUCCGGGCGACCAAGGAUUAUUGCAACAAUUACGACCUGACCAGCCUCAAUGUGAAGGCGGGGGACAUCAUCACAGUCCUCGAGCAGCAUCCGGAUGGCCGGUGGAAGGGCUGUAUCCAUGACAACCGGACGGGUAAUGACCGGGUGGGCUACUUCCCUUCCUCCUUGGGCGAGGCCAUCAUCAAGCGAGCAGGUUCCCGAGCAGGCGCUGAGCCAAGCCUGCCCCAGGGAAGCAGCUCAUCGGGACCUUCUGCACCCCCAGAGGAGAUCUGGGUGCUGAGGAAGCCUUGUGCAGGUGGGGACCGAAGCGGCAGCAUUAGCGGUGUGGCUGGCAGCCGGGGCAGCGGGGGCCACACCCUACACGCGGGCUCUGAGGGUAUCAAGCUCCUGGCAACGGUGCUUUCCCAGAAGUCCAUCUCCGAGUCCAGCACAGGGGACAGCCCCGCCAAGCCUCCAGAAGGCUCUGCAGGUGCGGCCCGGUCCCAGCCUCCAGUGGCCCAUGCCGGGCAGGUCUAUGGGGAGCAGCCACCCAAGAAGCUGGAGCCAGCAUCGGAGGGCAAGAGCGCCGAGGCCGUGAGCCAAUGGCUCACCGCGUUCCAGCUGCAGCUCUACACCCCCAACUUCAUCAGCGCUGGCUACGACCUGCCCACCAUCAGCCGCAUGACCCCCGAGGACCUCACGGCCAUUGGUGUCACCAAGCCGGGCCACCGGAAGAAGAUUGUGGCAGAGAUCAGCGGCCUAAGCAUCCCCGACUGGCUGCCUGAGCACAAACCC